CCAUUGUUUACAUUUUCCACUCCCAGUUGACGUGUCAAAACCAUAGCAAAACAAAGAGCAAAUCAGAACGAAACACUGCUAAUCGCUUUUCGGGGUGUUUUAAACACCGAGUGUUAUGUUUGUGAGCCUUUUUUACACCCUAAAGUCUGUAAAAUUUGUUCGCAUUAUAGUAGCAUAAAACGUUUUCGUUCCAAACAUGGGCAAAGUGGUGUUGGUUACCGGCGGAACCGGUCUAAUCGGGAAGGCUAUCGAAACGGUGAUAAAAGAAGAAAAUCCUGCGGAUGAGCGAUGGAUUUUUGUCGGAUCAAAAGAUGCCGAUUUAACCAAUUUAACUGCAACGCGGGAAAUGUUUCUAAAGCAUCAACCAACGCACGUGGUACACCUGGCGGCGAUGGUCGGCGGAUUGUUUCACAACAUGAACAAUAAUUUGGAUUUCUUUCGCAAAAAUAUGCUGAUCAACGAUAAUAUUCUUCUGCUUAGCCACGAGCUGAAAGUAAAGAAGGUCGUAUCGUGCCUAUCGACCUGCAUUUUUCCUGAUAAAACAUCCUAUCCCAUCGAUGAAACUAUGAUUCACAAUGGUCCACCGCAUGAUUCGAAUUUCGGUUACAGUCACGCCAAGCGUAUGAUCGACGUACUAAAUAGAGCCUACAAUCAACAGUACGGCGAUAUGUUCACUUCCGUAGUGCCUUGCAAUGUGUUUGGACCGCAUGAUAACUUUGUGCCGGGUGUAAGCCACGUCAUUCCGGGUAUGAUUCAUCGUCUGCACGAGCUGAUAUUCGUUAAAAACACCGACCAACCGCAAGAAAGUAAAGUAUUCUCCGUGUACGGUACGGGUAAGCCUCUUCGGCAGUUCAUUUACUCGCUGGAUCUUGCCAAACUCUUCAUCUGGGUGCUACGUCAGUACGACAGUGUUGAACCAAUCAUCCUAUCAGUCGACGAAUCGGCCGAAGUUUCGAUUGCACAGCUCGCUGAAUCCCUGGCGAAAGCUUUCGAAUUUAAAGGAAAACUUGAGUUUGAUACCACCAAAGCCGACGGCCAGUACAAGAAGACGGCCUCAAAUGCGAAGCUAAGGAAGCUUCUACCAGACUUUCAAUUUACAAACUUUGAUGUCGCAAUUAAGGAAACCGUACAGUGGUAUACGGCUAACUACGACCAGGCAAGGAAGUAAAUAAAGGAAGGAUUUUCUUUGAAACAUAAA